AUGUUCAUUUUUUCUUGUAAUGUGGCUUCAUUAAUCUUCAGGUUAAGUCACCUUGGUGUAACAGAUAAUCAGAAAAGGUGGCUUGUGGUGGGAAUAGCACUCAACAAGAUCCUUGUGCCACAGAUCCGUCCUUUUGUGGAACAAGAGGUUGAUAAAGAAUACAACAAUCUCAAGACAAACCACAGUAUUCACACACAAAGUACAUCUGGUUGUCUUCAAAGGUGGCCUGCAAGAAUUUUAAACUAUGAGAACAUCAAUGGUAACAGUCUUCACACAAAGCUUCCUGGUGGAAAAUACAACUUUUCCUUGUUUGAUUGUAGAGUGUUAUCUCACGUUGACUUUGCCAAGUUGUAUGUUAGAAACUACAUGGCCAAGUUCAGUGCCUUUGAUGACAGUUGCGAUGCAUCAGCUGUGCUAACAUUGCUUGGUGGUGUGCCUGUGUUCUUACCUGUCGUUCAAGCUGCAGCUGGUGAUGUCAUGAAUAUCAGAAAUGACUGGGCGCACUGUGUCUUCAGUAAGUGGGAUCCUUUUAAGUUUCAGCAGAGUUUCAUUGAGAUGGAACACCUGGUGAGAGUCAUGGCUCUACCUGCUGCAGAUGAAGCAAAACUCUUUGACGAACUGAAAGAUUGGGAGACUAAGGGUACUAAACUUUACAUAGAUAAAAUUAAUGAAACAUAUUACCAGUAUGUUUUAGUGUAAUUUGUAUUGUCAACCCUACUGAGAUGAAAUUUGCUGUUUAGCAGUCAAGUUACUCAUUAAUCAUUUAUGCCUAUUCAGGAACACAAUUACCUGUAGGCCAGUAUGAACAUGCCCACCUGAAAAAAAAAAUGGUCUUCUCCCACAAAGAAAAGAAGGCUAAUGCUAGCUACCAUAAAAUUCUGAAAAUAAGCCCCUCCAUGUAUAAGCCCCUCCAAAUUAAUAUAAGCCCCCCAAACUGGUAACGCAAAAAACCCUGCAUUAAAUCGCCCCUCCAAAUACAAGCUCCCCGGAAGCUUGUACUUGGAAAAUUGCCAUCAAAUACAAAGUAAAACAAAGUAAAACAGUGAAUUUACUUCCAACUAUAAGGCUAUCUCAAUCUAUUUUGAAACGCAAAUUUCCCUCCGUAGAUAAGCCCCCUCCAAAUAUAAGCCACUCAAAAAGGGCCUUUGAAAAAUAUAAGCCCAGGGGCUUAUUUUCGGAAUUUUACGGUAUUUUCAGCAGAGAUGAUGUCUUACUCUACCAUCUAAAAUUAUGUUCAAAGGUUGCCUGGAAACAAGAGCUGAUAUUUCUCUGUCAAUUAGUAAAUCAGUGGCUCAGUAAAAUACUGCUUCAGUAAUACUUUAGAAAAAGUCAGAAGUUUGGUUGUUCUUUCCAAAUUUGUUGUAAGGAAUGAUCACCCCAAGUUUGAACAGGGUUUUUAUGUGGCCUGGACCCAACAACAAUAUUGAUACUUCUAAGAAACUGGCUGUUGUUAUUUUAAGUUGACAUUAUACUGUUUAGGCACUGAUAACUUGUCUUUACGGCUUUUUGUUAACAGGCACUCUGCUGUGCAUGAACUCCCCGGUAGACCCCGCAUUGCUUCAUCUUGUCCAGCAAGAAGUCAAAUUUCUACAAGAUCAUGUGAACAACCUGUCUGUAGAAUUUGACCAAGAUAAGAUGGAAGUUCAGCAAGAGCUGCAAAACACUGCCGUAAUUCUUAAAGAGAUGAAACAGAUGGUGGAAAGACUGAAAAUUUUUCAAGGUAAUCUUGCUUGA